AUGUCGUUAAAAACUAUUGGCAUCAUUGGCCCAGCCGGUUUCGGAGGCUCAUACCUCGCUGUUGAACUCAUCCGUCGGGGUCAUUCCGUGAUUGGAUUCUCACGGAGGCCCGAAUCCUUCGGCACCCAUCCGAACUACACACCUAAACCACUAGAUGUCGAAAAUGAUAGCAUUCACGAGCUUAUAAAGGCCUUUUCUGGACUUGAAGUUCUUGUCAGUCAAUACGGUCCCCAUACACAAGGAGCCGAUGCUUUGCAGUAUAUGCCAUAUGUAGAAACAGUCAGAAGGCUCAUCAUAGCUGUCAAGGAGGCAAAGGUCAAAUACUUCGUGUUUGUUGGGGGUGCUGGCAGCCUCCACGUGCCGGGUUCUCUCGACUGUCUCACCGACUAUCCAGGAUUUUUCCUUGCCUAUCGACGACAGUUAGCAGACAGUGAUGCACAUGUACAUUAUAUGGAAGAGCGACUCGGGCCAAUGGGUGAAGCUUUGCGGUCUUACAGGAAUGCGCGACUGGCUGUAAAGGCUGGAAAAGCGACUGCCGCCGAGCUUCAAACCAUCCAGACCUACGAGGACGCCGUUCGAUUGAACGAUAGAGCCACUUCCUUUAUUAAAGCUGGUCGAGCAAGUUUGCUUUUCUUUGAAGGCAAUACUUCUUUCCCCUGGACUUUUGUCUCGCCGAGUCCGUUGUAUCGACCUGGAAAGAGGACAGGAAAGUACGAAAUCACAAUCGACUACGUUCCCUUAAAAGGCACUCCCAGCGAGGAGGCGAUCUUGGACGGGCGACUAACCGGUAUUUCUGUGUCGGAUCUGUCUAUUGCCAUUGCGGACGAGAUUGAGAACCAAAACCUCAAAUAUAAGCAUUGGACUGCGAUUGGCGACUUGUCGGAUGACAAUGCUUAUCCAAGCUACAUCACCGCAGCAGAUAUUUAG